CUAUGACUAUCAAUGUUCACACGUGCUGAUGCAUCUACCUCAUUUUUGAUAAAAUUAAAUACAAAUGUUCAAUUUCCCAUUGUGUGUGGACAGGGCAUAAGGAACAAAGUUAUUCCCAACGCUGUUGAACAUGGGAUAAGCGAUAUUCCGUUUUCUAUCUUCAGAUCCCUAAUAGAAGAAUCGGCGUUUUUGUUUUGACUUUAGUUUUUAUCACUUCUUUCCCUUUGUUUGUUUACGUUUUUCUACGGAAAUGUUUGGCUGAACAAGACGGACGACAUGGCUUUUUUGGAGGACACAACCAUAGUAUUUGUUUCUCAGGUUCUAUUUUUUGCUGGUGGAUGGAUUUUCUUUGUCAAGCAGUUGUUUAAGAACUAUGAGAUUCGCCACAUAUCAGUCCAGCUUAUAUUCUCGGUGACGUUCGCCCUGUCUCUGACUAUGUUCGAGCUAAUUAUAUUUGAGAUUCUCGGCGUUUUGGAUAGUAGUUCACGAUACUUCCAUUGGCGGCUAGGCUUGACAUCAUUGCUUCUUAUGGUCAUAGCUGUUAUUCCAUUGUAUAUUUUGUACUCUGUCAUACACAGCAUUUCUUUUGUAUCGGAAAAAUGGGUCCGAAUAAUGACAGUUUGCUGCUGGUUUCUUUUCUUAUAUUCUUUGUGGCGCAUUGGAGAACCUUUUCCACUUCUAAGCGUUUCAAAUGGCAUUUUCACCAUAGAGCAGGGAGUGUCGCGUAUUGGGGUAAUAGGUGUUACGGUCAUGGCGAUACUUUCUGGAUUUGGUGCAGUUAAUUGCCCAUUUCAAAGUAUGACGUAUUUCAUUCGACCUGUAUCCCAGAGUGACAUAGUGAAUCUAGAACGAAGACUUCUCUUAACUGUAGACAUGCUUACGGGAAAAAAGAAACGAAUUGCCUUGGAGAUGCACCGACGCAACAAAUCAAACCAAUCCCGUCCUCGUUUGUGGAAUAUCCUUAGCUCCGCCGUGAACCGAGUAGACACUGCUGGCGAAAACAUAAAUCAAUUGCGUAUGGAGGUGUAUGGUCUAGAAGAGUUGCUCAGACAACUGUUUCUCGAGAUCAAUUAUUUAAAAAACAUGCAGGAACGUCAAAAAUGGUCGCAAACACUGCAGGGUAAAUACUUCAAUGUGAUAGGACACUUCUUCAGCGUAUAUUGCUUGUAUAAAAUAUUUAUGUGCUGUGUAAAUAUUAUCUUCGAUAGAGUGGGUCGGAAAGAUCCUGUUACCAGAGGCCUUGAAAUCGCAGUACAUUGGUGUGGCUUCGAUAUAGACCUGGCAUUCUGGAACCAACAUAUUUCCUUUUUAUUAGUAGGAUGCAUAGUUGUAACGUCUAUAAGAGGUUUACUGCUGACCUUAACAAAGUUUUUUUACCGCAUUUCCUCCAGCAAGUCUUCUAAUAUAAUUGUCCUAAUAUUGGCUCAAAUAAUGGGCAUGUAUUUUUGUUCCUCGGUGUUGUUGAUGCGAAUGAAUAUGCCAGCAGAAUAUCGCGUUAUAAUUACAGAAGUACUCGGAAAUCUUCAUUUCAAUUUUUACCAUCGUUGGUUCGAUGUUAUAUUUCUGGUAAGCGCUUUAUCAACUAUUGUUGUGUUAUAUUUGUCGCAGAAGCCUUGGAAUUAUGGAGACUCAACAUUAGAGUAAACUGAGUUUUUAAUUUAAAAUUUAAUUCUUUUCUUAUAAAUAUCUCUGUAUAUGGUAUGAGCAUGUACGCCAAAAUCAAACGUAUUUAUAAUUCUAUUUUCUUAUUCCAAUGUACUGAAUGAAAUAUGUAAUGCACAAUAUUUGUAAUAUAUUUAAGAGAUUCAGAAAACAAUAUUAAAAAUAAAGAUCAACGCCUACAGCUACUUUUGUAUAGCGGCAUCCUACCAGUUUCAAGUGGAGUUCGCCAAGGCUCUGUUCACUGUCGAUUUUUUUUCAA